GACUCUGCUCUUAUACACCAGUCCCUGCACUAAUGUGUUUGUAACUCUCUUUGUGUAUUAGAUAGGCUGCCUGUUAGAAGUGUGUUUGGUGUGUUUAUUAUUACUACUUAAUACCUUUUUAUCUUAAUAACAUUUAAGCUUUUAUAAUACAUUUUAACUUUUGCUUUGCAAGCACCACCCUAUAAAAAGGGGGAAAGGUUCCUUUUUCUACUUGUAUAAGCUCAGGGCUGUUUUCUCAAAAUUUUCAGGAGUAAAGCCUAGGAAACAUCAUGAGCGAAACAGCAGUGGCUCCUUUGGAGGCCAUUAAAAUUGAUUUUCUCAGUGAAUACAAUGCCUAUUUUCAUCAUACCGAAGACUUCGACAACACUAAUCUGAUUGUGAGACGAGGACAGGAGUUUAAGAUAGAUGUGACUUUCAGUAGGGAGCUGAAUGACGGUGACAAAGUUAUCCUACAACUCAGCAUAGGUGAGAAUCCAAAGCGAUACAAUGGGACCAUUUUAUAUCUGAAUCUAACAUCAAACCAGAAGAAACAACCAUGGCAUGCUGAGAUUUAUCAAACAGAUGAAGAGAAGUGCGUUAUUGCUGUGACAAGUCCGCCAGAUGCAAUGGUUGGGAAAUACAGACUGGAUCUGAUAACAGGGUCUAACACUCAUAACUUCAGAGAUGCAGUUUUUUAUGUGUUGUUCAACCCAUGGUGUGAAGCGGAUUCUGUUUUCAUGCCUGAUGAGGACCAAAAAGCUGAGUAUGUCCUCAAUGAUAGUGGGUAUCUGUAUGGUGGAUCAGCAACACAUAUAUUUGAAAGACCUUGGAAUUUUGGGCAGUUUGAAGAAGAUAUCUUGGAUUGCUGCAUGCGUCUUCUGGAUCUGAGCCUGCUUGGGCCACAUGGUCAGAGAAAUCCUAUACACAUUGCCAGGGCCAUGUCAGCUUUGGUUAACUAUGAUGAGAAUGAGGACGAUGAUGGAGUGAUCCUUGGAAACUGGUCAGGAUACUAUGAAGAUGGUACUUCUCCUGAGGACUGGACAGGAAGCGUCCCAAUCCUGCAACAGUAUUACAGAAACAAAGAACCCGUACUUUAUGGACAAUGCUGGGUUUUCUCUGGUGUGCUUACCACAAUUAUGCGCUGCCUGGGGAUUCCAGCCAGAAGUGUGACCACCUAUGAAUGUGCUCAUGAUCACCACAGAAAUAUAAACAUUGAUGAAAUCUACAAUGAAAUGGGAGAAAAAAUGAACAUAUCAGACUUUACUUGGAACUACCACGUAUGGAAUGACAUCUGGAUGAAAAGACCAGACUUACCAAAGGGCUAUGAUGGUUGGCAGGUGGUUGAUGGCACACCUCAGCGUGGCAUGGAAGUUACAGAGAUGAUGGAGUGUGGCCCUGCUCCAGUUAUUGCCAUCAAAAAGGGAGAAGUCUAUAUUCCAUACGACACCAUGUUUGUGUUUUCUGAAGUGAAUGCAGAUAUGGUCCUCUGGAUCAUAAGGAAUGUGAACGGGAAAGAGGAAUUCAUGCGGGUCUUUGAAGACACCAGGACGAUAGGAAGGAACAUCAGCACCAAAGCUGUUGGGAAGAAUGAGCGUGAAGACAUCACAGAUCAGUACAAAUUUCCAGAAGGUUCCCCAGAGGAGAGGAAAGCUAUGAAAACUGCUUUGUCUCAUGCAAACUCUCUGGAAGACUAUACAGCAGCAUCUUCUCGCGAGUCUCCUAAAGCAGCGCUCACACUUGGGAUAGAAGAAGAAAAGGCAUUGGUGCCAGGACAGCCUAUUAGUCUUAAAAUUGUUGUGAGGAGCAUGUCUACAAAUGCAUGGACUAUCAAUCUGUGUGUCUCUUGCCACCUGGAGUCAUAUACAGGAAAAGUACAGGCUGGAUUGAAAGCCGUUCAACAGACUGUCAAAACAGAAGGCAAACCAAUUAUACAGACUCCUCUGGUAGUAGAUGCUGACAUGUACAUGGACAUAAUGAGUUCAACAGAGGAUGAACUUCUAUUCAAAGUCAAUAUUUUUGCAAAUGUUGAAGACACUCAUGAAAACCUUGGAAAACAGAUAACCUUGACUUUCCAGUACCCACCUCUCAAGGUGGAGAUGCCAGAAACAGCAAAAGUGAAUGAAAGCUUUACCUGUGAAGUGAUUUUUGAAAACACUCUCUGCAUUCCCUUGGAAAAAUGCAAACUCUGCAUAGAAGGCCUUGGCAUUUUUCCAAUGACAACUUUUGACCAAGGGAAUAUAUCUCCCGGUCAAACUUCUGCAUCCAAAAUAGUUUGUACAGCAAGAAAGUUUGGAAAAAAGAAGAUAGUGGCCAAACUGAACUCUAUUCAAGUGAAAGGAAUAACUGAGGAAAAGUUUAUAACCAUUACUGAGAAUGAGGAGCAGCAGGAGGAUGAGGAGAGCUAUGUACUGUGAAUAUAAGCUUUAUUUGCCGCCUUGGUUGUGGGUCAACUGAUGAGAAAUAGGCAAGCACGCAUGUGUGAGUGACUUAAAGUUACAUCUAUUUUAGUUCAAGCUAAUAGGGAUGGAUUUAUAUGGAAUAAAAAUUUAUGUAUUUUUCCUUGUAGAGGUCUAUGUAUUUUGCAAUUAUACACACAGGUUUGGAUAUUAUAUAUGAUUUUUGGCACCUGAAGGAGAAACACACAAGGUUUGGUCACACAUUGUAGAAAAUUUGAUAUAUCAAACACAGUGGAGAAUCAGUUAAAUUGUUAUUAUAGACACAUAACACAAGCAUCACACACAGAAGGAAAAAGUAAUAAUGUGAUCCUUUCUCUUGUGCUUGUCCUUUUGUGGCUUAGUUGGCCAAUACAGCACAGCUCACCAACCUUUUGCUACCUGUUAUGAGAGGCCUGUAUGUGUCCAUAUAUAUGAAUUCAUUAUGUCUUUGCCUAUUUGCAUUUGCCAAACAAUAGCACACAGUCUGUUUCCCUAUCCUAUGUAUUUACAAAGAUGAGAAUGGAGAACACAUCUAAUGACUUCUCAGAAUCAGACACAAACAAGAGUUGGAUUUUAAAUGAUACGAGAAAUGGCAUUUGGAGCCACAGUUGUACAUUAUAUAUAAAAUGUGGGGUAUUAUGUGUCUUUUAAUAAAAAAAAUGUAGUGCUUUUGAAACAAGAAAAUGUGCAUUUUCUUCAAUAAAUUGGAAUUUUUAUAAUGAAUGGCUGCUAUUGUAAAGUUUCAUGGGAAACUUUUUUAUCUAUAUCAUGCCUCGCAAUAAAGAAAUUACUACGGGAUUCUC